CUAAGUCCCCAUAUACUUUUCGAUAUACGUCUAAAAUAUACAAAUUGUAUGUGUGUGUUUCGAUUUUACUUUUGAAAUAACGAGUAACAGAUAACUUUUUGCCUGUAAAGCGUUAAAGAGUUGCCAGACAUCGAUAUACUGGGAUUUCGAUAGCUGCUUGAGUGGCAGAAAAACGUGGUAGAAACAAAAAAGCAUCUGUUGCUUUCUUUUUUUUCUCUAGACCAGAACUUGGAUAAGAAAAUGGUCAUGUCGGGAUCACUAACUGUCUGCGUGUGCGACUACUGGAGGCGGCGUUACUACUACAACUGCUCACCGCUGAACGCACACACCACACCAACAAAGGUGGCCUCUGCCUGUCGCGCAAAAAGCAAACUGCGUCGUUUACGGCUGAAAAUGAAUGCGAUAAAUGGCAACUAUUAUCUGCGGGAGUUCGUACAGCAGCGGGUCCUAGCUUUCCGGCUGCAGAACAACCACGGCGUGGAAUUGAUUUGGCUGGAGUUUAAGCCACCGGAACGGGACACCAUCGACUACAAGUGGGCCAAAAUACUGGCCCACACCAUCUGGGAGCACAUCGAGGUGGAGAACCUGAUGUCCUGGCUCUCCACACUCGGCGGUGGCUUCUCAGCCCUGGGCGAGCAGUUCGAGCGAUACUCAAAAACAGCUGGGAGGAUCUCGUUGCAGCAACUGAAGAUUGGUGUGCGCCUGGGCGACCCGUUCCUACAGGCACGCUGCAAGCUCUACUUUAGCAUAUCGCUGAUCCAGCGUGGACACUUGCGUGCGGCCAAGCACCUGAUCCGGGACCAGCACCAGUUCGCGCGUGUCCACAGGGAGAAGGAUCAGCGACUGGUGCGUAUGUGCCAUGGCAUUUGGAUGCGUCUCAUGUACGAAUACAAGCAGCGUCGUCAGCGGAUUCAGCACACAAAAUCAGAGGAAUACUCAUACGUGAAGAAAGCAAUAGAAGAAGGAGGAGAUUUGUCUGGGAAUCUAGUGGCAUGCUAGACUCGCAGUUUAGGCACUCGCAAUGCCACCAAAGCAGAGAAGCGACUCCGUCCGUGGACUUUAUAACGUCGAUGCAUCGCCUUAUCUUGUCCCAGUAGUCCCAGUUCCAGUAGGAAGGUCUGCGAGAUUAUACUCCCCCAUGACACAGGCCCAUGCAGUUGGGUUUCAAACCUCCAGCAAUAUCCUCAUUUUUUUUAUGUUCACACACAAUCCACUCCACUCUGUACAGCACUACCUAGAUAAAUACGAACUCCGAAAAUCGCUACCAUAACCCCCCUGCAACCAUUCCAGGCCUCUCUUCCUCUCUAACCAAGUGCUGCAUUACAAGUUGAACAAGCUCGAAAAGGCCCCGGCAAAUGUUAUGUAAUUGCGUAUACGACACGUGCAGCAGCAUGCCGCAUGCAACGUGAGGCACACAACGUCAUUAGCCAUAAAAGUUCAAUUCAUUUUGCGGCGACAAGUUGCAACCGUUGCCACACAAAUAAUUUUGUUGGCCUGACUAAGCCAGAAAGAACGAAACCAAUCCAAACCGACCAAAAAGAAAAAAAAUAUAUAGGCAGAGAUGGAAGGUUUUUCCCAAUACGAAGCUUCUAGGUACAC